AUGGAUGCGCAGAGCUGGAGCACGCGAAAGUGGCUUUGGCAUCGCGGUAUAUCGACUCUCUUCACAGUAUCGGUGUUCCUGCAGACUGCGUGUGUGAGAGCAGCUGAGCCAGUGGACGUGCUGAAGGUUUUGGACUUUCGCAGUUCUCCAGAGGGAAUAACCAAAGUGCAGGGACUCUGUCCUGUCAGGAGAGGAUCCAAACCCGAUGUGGCGUACAGAGUGGACAAAAAGGCGCAGAUCAGCGCUGCGACGAAAAAACUCUUCCCAGCUGGAGUAUUUCCUGAAGAUUUCUCCAUCCUCAUGACCAUAAAGCCCAAAGCGGGAACUCAGGCCUUCCUCUUAUCAGUGUAUGAUGAUAAGGGACUGCAGCAGAUCGGGGUGGAGAUCGGACGCACUCCAAUCUUCCUGUACGAAGAUCAGCACGGAAAACCCACGCCGGAAAAUUAUCCGUUAUUCCGAAACAUUAACCUCUCUGAUGGGAAGUGGCAUCGUGUGGCGAUCAGCGUGGAGAAGAAAUCCAUCACCAUGAUCGUCGACUGUAAAAAGAAAAUCUCAAAGCCUCUGGACAGAAGUAAAAAACCUGUAAUCAGCACAGACGGCAUCACGGUGUUCGGCACCAGGAUCCUGGAUGAGGAGGUGUUUGAGGUAAGAACAGCGUUCUGGGUAAAUCUGGAUGUUCCUCUGAGCACUGCAGCGUGGGUUUCCAUCAUCCUGUGUUUAUGA